AUCAGCAGCAGCAGCAGCGGCAGCAGCAGGACGCACAGACACACAGACACACACACAGACAGACAGACGGACUGUCGGCGGAUCACGGAGCCUCCACCGCCGCCUCUGAGCCGCUGCAGCCGGACACAGGAGUCACAGACCCGGCCGCAGACACGGAGCCAUGGCCGCUGAAGAGGAGAGCCGAUCCACGGCCUGCACCGGCUCCAGCCUCCUGCAGCCGGUCAGCGAGAUCACCAACCUGCCGCUGGACCAGGUGAACUUCGUGGUGUGUCAGCUCUGUGCUUUGCUGUCGGCCUUCUGGUUUCGUCUCUUCCUUCAUCCCAGUAAAACCAGUCCGUUCAUCAGACACGUGGUGGCAACGUUACUGGGACUCUACUUCGCUCUCUUCUGCUUCGGCUGGUACGCCCUUCACUUCCUGGUUCAGAGCGGACUCACCUAUGGCAUCAUGAUCCUGACCGGAGUCGAACACAUGCACAAAUACUGCCUGGUGGUGGCUCUCAGCUAUCUGAGUCUGUGUCAGAUCACCAGAGUCUAUGUCUUCGACUACGGCAUGUACUCCGCUGAUUUCACAGGGCCGAUGAUGGUGAUCACACAGAAGAUCACCAGCCUGGCGUUUGAGAUCCACGAUGGAAUGGCUCGAAAAGAAGAACAUCUGACGGCAGGACAAAAGAUUUUAGCCAUCAGGAGGAUGCCCAGUCUGCUGGAGUACUUCAGUUACAACUGUAACUUCAUGGGGAUCCUGGCUGGACCCACCUGCUCCUACAACGACUACAUCGCCUUCAUCGAGGGAGAACCCCGUCACCAUAGAGACCAGGAGGCCAACAGGAAGUCCACCAGCAAGCUGAGGCAGAGCGAGCCAUCGCCAAACACCGAGGUCGUCCGUAAGGUGUCUACCUCCUUCUUCUGCCUUCUGGUCUUCCUGUCAGUGUGUAAAGUUUUUCCUGUAGAGCGAAACAUCGAUGACGACUUCAUCGCCAACACGCCGUUCUACGCUCAGGUGAUCUACUUGUAUCUGUCCAUGCUGACCACCAGACCCAAGUACUACUUCGUCUGGACGCUGGCUGACGCCAUCAACAACGCUGCCGGUUUCGGCUUCAACGGCUACGACAGUGACGGCUCUCCUCGCUGGGACCUGAUCUCCAACCUGAGGAUCCUGAACAUCGAGCUCGCCACAAGCUUUAAGGUUUUCCUGGACAACUGGAACAUCCAGACAGCACACUGGCUCAAAAGGGUGUGUUACGAGCGAUGUCCCUACCACCCGACAGCAGCCACCUUCAUCCUGUCAGCCAUGUGGCACGGAGCGUAUCCAGGCUACUAUCUCACCUUCCUCACAGGCAUCGUCAUCACGCUGGCUGCAAGAGCGGUCAGACACAACGUUCGGCCGUACUUCCUUCAAUCACCCACCCACAAACUGGUCUAUGAUGUCAUCACGUGGGCGGCCACUCAGAUCGCCAUCUGCUACACAGUGGUGCCUUUUGUCCUGCUGUCCGUGAGUCCAUCCAUCAAGUUCUACAGGUCGUGGUACUUUAGCCUCCAUAUCGGCUGCGUUCUGCUGGCUGUGGCGCUGCCGGUCAAACCGAGACAUCUCCGUCUCAAAGAGCAGCAGAAGGACGUCGUCCAGGAGCCGAGCCAGCGCCACUUGGAGGCCACAGACAGCCAGAAGGAAAAGACCACAUGAGCCAGAGGACCAAUCCUGAACUACAUUUUAUUUCCAUGAACUUGUACAGGAAGACGAGGAGGUGACGUUCCUCCUGCGUCAAAGCAGAAGCACGAUGGUCGAAUUAAGCUCUGUAUUAUUUGGACGAAGCAUUUCAGAAACAGGAAGUUAGAACCUGAAGUUUUUAACAGUCUGUUUGACCUGAUGAAGAGUUUUCACACAGCGCUGCGAUGUUCUGACUGUCAGGAAAACAUCUGGACUCAAACUCCACCAACACCUGUCAACAUGUUCGGAUCAGGCAGAUCUACAGUGACAGGGAACACACACACACACACACACACACACACACACACACACAUAAACUGUAACGUCACAUGGAGCAGCUGCCGCAGAGUGUCAUGGCUGCCCACUUAGUGUAACAGAGGGAGGAGGCAGUGACAGGAUGAAGAGAGAAGUGACUGAAUGAGUACAUGAAUGAAUGAAAGCCCGUUAAAGAAAAGUUCAGAACUUGUAAAGACAGAGUGAGUGAAUGAAUGAAUGAGUGAAUGAAUGAGAGCAUUAAACAUUCCUCUCAGACAGUCGUACUGUUCUAACCUGUUAAUCACAGUGUCACAGUGUUCAUAAACAUCCGUUUGGACAAAGUGCCAGUCAUGACUUCACUCAGUCGCCUUAGUUUGUUUGUUUGUUUGUUUACUCGGUGGUGUCAUGUGAGUCGGUGGUGAUGAGGGCGUCGUGUUUACAUUUGUAGGUGUGAGGUUAUUUAUCUGAUUCCUGACACAGACUGUGUUUGGAUGGAAGAUGUGUUGAAGAGAAUGCGUCGUUAUAUUGUAGUAAAUGGAUUAACCCUGAAAUUUAAUUUAAUUUAAUUUGAUGAUGUGAAACAGACUCAGUCCCUCUCAGAUUAAAUAACAGGAAGUGAACCAACGUCUCCGUCUGAAGCUCGUUUGGUCCGUCUAAUGUUUGGUUCAGGUUAACUAACGCUUCAGUUCAGCAGCUGAAAUAAUCGGGUUCAGUGGAGCCAUAGACUGGAUAAACUCAGCCGCUGUCAGUCUGUGGAGCGCCUGCUCGAUGGGCCCGAUGAGGUUUAAAUGAAGCAGCGUUGAUCAUCAGGAUCAUUUUAUACCAUGAAAACAGAACUUUUCUGGUUUCAUGACCAUUGAGACAUGAAUGAACAAGGUCCUGCCUCCGAUGCUGUAUCCAGGUCUGUUUAUAUGUCCUUAUGUCUGUUUGGUCAUGUGACAUCAAACAGCUGUUAAUCAGUUAAAAUCAAAUGACCAAUAAACAUGGAGGGGGGAUGCGAUUGGUAAAUCACGACACAGGUAGGACGAAUCGUCAGGUGAUGAGGGGUAAAAACAAAGAUGGCGAGCACUAACUCAGAAGACGUGUUUAUUUCUGUUGUCAUGGUAACUUUAAAGUUUAAAGAUAUAGGCCUACAGUUAAAGAUGGUGGUCGGACCGAUCUGAUGUUUCUGCUGUCAUUAUUUUAUGUUCUGUUUCUUUAAUAAACCCAAUCUACUGACACAGAAAUUGAACAGCGUCCUGUUUUGGACGGACCUCAGAGGACAGGUGUGAGUAUUAUCACCACACUAACUGAUGGAAGCAGCGACCAGGAGCCUCCACCAUCAUGGAGUCAUGUGACUGCAGGGUUUCCACUGUACGACCCUAUGACUCUACAUGACCCUCCGUCAGAAGCUCUCUGUGUUUUAUCAGUGUUACAGCUGGUCAGGAGACAAAAGCACUCCACCUCUGUCUGUCUGUCUCCAUUAGCACAUCCACCAUGUUUCUUCUAUGACUUCCUGUUUCCACCUUAUUUGAAACAUUUUAAUGGGACCUGGACGAGGACUGUGGGUGAUGGACGAUAGACGAGGAUGAUGGAGGGGGCUGAUGAAUGAGGAUAAUGGAUGAGGCUGAUGGACAGGCUGAUGGACAGGAUGUGAUGCUGCAGACAAACACAGAGGCUCCUCUGACUGUUAGAGAUGACUCACAGAUGUUCAUGUUGUCACAGUGAACCAGCCGCCUGUCUGUAGGUUUAUAUCUUUGGUUUUUGUAAAUGAUGUGAAUAAACAUUGGAUUUUUUGACACUUGA